GGCUCCACCAUGGACUGUAGCUGCGUCUCCGACCUUCUCUUCGCCCCGCCUGCCCUGCCGGCUCUCUGGACCCCCGGGUUUGCCUUCCCGGAUUGGGCCUACAAGCCGGAGUCGUCCCCUGGCUCGAGGCAGAUCCAGCUGUGGCACUUCAUCCUGGAGCUGCUGCAGAAGGAGGAAUACCAGGGUGUCAUCGCCUGGCAGGGGGACUACGGGGAAUUCGUCAUCAAGGACCCUGACGAGGUGGCCCGGCUCUGGGGCAUCCGCAAGUGCAAGCCCCACAUGAACUACGACAAGCUGAGCCGGGCCCUGCGCUACUACUACAACAAGCGGAUUCUCCACAAGACCAAAGGGAAGAGGUUCACCUACAAGUUCAACUUCAGCAAAGUCGUGCUUGUCAAUUACCCACUGUUGGACGUGGCGGCAGCCACCACGGGCUCCCCGCUCUUGCUGACCCCUGGUCCCUUUGGGGGUGCCCCUGGGCCGGAUGCUCCUCCCCUCACCCCCGAGACCCUGCAGACCCUGUUCUCUGCCCCACGCCUGGGAGAGCCGGGAGCCCGGGCACCGGUGUUCACCCCUGAGACGGACAAACUGCGUCUGGACAGCCCUUUCCCAUUCCUGGGCUCAGGAGGUGCCACAGGCUAUUCCAAGCCCCCUGGUCUGCUGGGUCCUUACAGCCGAGCCUUCCCAGACUACCCCUGGAACUUUAACCCGUACCUCGCUGGCCCCUUCCCCAAGCUGCCCCCUUCUCUCUACCCCCCCCACUUCUACCCCAACCCUCUGGCCAGCUCCCUGGGCCACCUGCCCUCCACAGGGGCAGGGGGAGGGCCCACAGCUGCGCCCCUACUGGCUGCCACAGGGGAGGGCCUGGGCCCCGAGCGCCCCUCCGGCCUGGCAGCAGCCCCCCGCCUGGCACUGCCGGGUGCUGGGGGUCCAGAGGCUGCACUGGGAGGGAAGGAGGACAGCGACUCGGAGCUGGAGAUCACAGAUGUCAGCGGCUGCAGCUCUGACAGUGAGGGCGACGAGGGCCUCCCUGUGCCCCCCAAGGCCAAGGCGGGCAAAGGAGGGCUCUGCACCUGA